AGCCCGAGAGCUCACACUUCCUGCAAAGUGCUCAGCCCUAAGGCACUGAGCGCAGGAGCUGGGAAGGGGAGCCCUGAGCCCUAAGCCGGAGCGGAGCCCAGCCGGGAGAUACUAGGGAGCUACGGGGAAACCGCCGAGCACACAGGGGCGCUGGGAAAGCGUUUUACAGAUCUGGAGUGUUUGCUGACGGAGCCAUUCUGGUCUUCCAUCCUUCCGUUUGCUUUCGCACGUAGGCCGUUUGAUCGCCGCCCGUGACACCAUGGAUCUGCAUGUCUUCGACUACUCGGAACCGGGGAACUUCUCCGACAUCGGCUGGCCAUGCAACAGCAGUGACUGCAUCGUCGUGGACACCGUGCAGUGCGCCACCAUGCCCAACAAGAACGUCCUGCUCUACACGCUCUCCUUCAUUUACAUCUUCAUCUUCGUGAUCGGCAUGAUCGCCAACUCCGUGGUGGUCUGGGUGAACAUCCAGGCCAAGACCACGGGCUACGACACGCACUGCUACAUCUUGAACCUGGCCAUCGCCGACCUGUGGGUGGUGGUCACCAUCCCGGUGUGGGUGGUCAGCCUCGUGCAGCAUAACCAGUGGCCCAUGGGCGAGCUCACGUGCAAGGUCACUCACCUCAUCUUCUCCAUCAACCUCUUCGGCAGCAUCUUCUUCCUUACGUGCAUGAGCGUGGACCGCUACCUCUCCGUCGCCUACUUCACCAACACCUCCAGCCGCAAGAAGAAGACGGUGCGCCGCGCCGUGUGUGUCCUGGCGUGGCUCCUGGCCUUCUGUGUGUCCCUGCCCGACACCUACUACCUGAAGACGGUCACGUCCGCUUCGAACAAUGAGACCUACUGCCGGUCCUUUUACCCCGAGCACAGCGUCAAGGAGUGGCUGAUCAGCAUGGAGCUGAUCUCCGUGGUCCUGGGCUUUGCCCUGCCUUUCUCCAUCAUCGCCGUCUUCUACUUCCUGCUCGCCCGAGCCAUCGCCUCCUCCAGCGACCAGGAAAAGCACAGCAGCCGGAAGAUCAUCUUCUCCUACGUGGUGGUCUUCCUCGUGUGCUGGCUCCCCUACCACGUCGUGGUGCUCCUGGACAUCUUCUCCAUCCUCCACUACAUCCCCUUCACGUGCCAGCUGGAGAACUUCCUCUUCACGGCUCUGCACGUCACGCAGUGCCUGUCCCUGGUGCAUUGCUGCGUCAACCCCGUGCUCUACAGCUUCAUCAACCGCAACUACAGGUACGAGCUGAUGAAAGCCUUCAUCUUCAAGUACUCGGCCAAAACGGGUCUCACCAAGCUCAUCGAUGCCUCCCGAGUGUCGGAGACCGAGUACUCGGCUUUGGAGCAGAACACCAAGUGACGCGCCCUGCGCGGCCUCCGGGACGUGUGUGCUUUGCUCCCAGCAGGGCACCGGGCUGCGUCAUUUUCCACAGUAAAGCGGGGUGGCUUCAGGCUUGAUGCCGCAGUUGUGUGAAAAGGGGAACGUGUGUCCCUGUGGCUCCUUUCUUCUCUCUCUCUCUCUCUCUCUCUCGUGCCAAUGUGGCUGUCCGUCGCGUGGCCGUGUGUCCCGACGGAGUGGCACCCACCGUGCGGGGCUGUG